CUCGAUUCUUGUCCUUGCACAAUUAAACACCCCCGCCCGGAAGAUCUGCAACAAUGAAUCAAAUCAUUCUUUUGAUCGGUAUCGCGGUGUUCGCUGGAACGGUAUCGGCGAGCCAUUACGACGAAGACCACGGCAGCAGCACCUACGAGGAAAAAUCGAAGCCAGUGGAAAUUCCAAUUUAUAAAAAAUAUGCGAUCCCGAUUCCUCACCCAGUGCCAGUCGAAGUUCCUCAGAAGAUAGAAAUCCCGAUUCCUCAGCCUCAACAAGUCCCCAUCGAAAUUCCUCAUCCCUAUCCUGUUGAGGUGGUCAAGCACGUCGAAAUCCCCGUUGAAAAACCGGAACCCGUCAUUGUUGAGAAGCAUGUACCUUUCGUGGUAGAAAAGCCAUAUCCGGUGUACGUGGAGAAGAAGUUCCCUAUUCCAGUGGCCAAGCCGUAUCCGGUUCAUGUACCGAUCUACAAGCACGUCUUCCAUUACUCUUCGAAGGGCAAGGGAUGGCAUUAAGCUGGCUCGCUCGUUGAACACAUGGGAAUCGUUCUUCUCGCCUGGAAAACAAACAUUCAUCGUUACGAUGAUUUUUUCAUACUUCUUGAAAGACACACGAGAUUCUCGUCCAAACGUCCUGGUUGACGCAAACGCUGCCAAUGUCUUUGUUAUAGAUUUUAUACACUUGUUAAGUUUUCCUUUUCUA